CGCAGGGAUCCGAAGAGGGAGGCAGGAGAACGAAGAAGAAACAAAAAUGGCCCUGGACAAUUUAAUUUUCGCCCAGUGCAUCCUUUACUUUCUAGCCUUCGUGUUCGGCUUCAUCGCCGUGGUGCCGCUGUCGGAGAACACGGAGGACUUCGGCGGGAAAUGCCUGCUCUUCACGCGCGGCAUGUGGCAAAACGAGAACAUCACCGUGUCGAAGCAGCGCUUCAUCGUGGAGGAGUGGGGACCCGAGUCCUCCUGCAGCUUCAUCACUUUCGUCGGGAUAGCGUCCCUCAUCCUGUCCGCAGUGCAGGCGUGGAGGCUGCUCUUCUUCCUGUGCAAAGGACACGACGACUCCAUCUUCAACGCUUUCCUCAACCUGCUGAUCAGCUCUCUGGUGGUGUUCACCGUCUUCCUGUCCAGCACCAUCGUCAGCGUGGGUUUCAACCUGUGGUGCGACGCCGUCACCGAGAGCGGCACCAUGCCCAGCAGCUGCGAGGAGCUGCAGGACACUGAUCUAGAGCUCGGCCUGGACAACUCUGCUUUUUAUGACCAGUUUGCUAUCGCUCAGUUUGGCCUGUGGGCUGCCUGGCUCACCUGGCUCGGCAUCUCGGUGAUCGCCUUCCUGAAAGUCUACCACAACUACAGACAAGAGGACCUGCUGGACAGCCUGAUCCACGAGAGGGACUUGCUGCUCGGCCGCUCCUCACGCAGCCGCUCCGACCUCAAGACCGGCCUGCUCUAGACAAACCAAGAGAACGCAGAGACACAUACCGUCAUUCACACAGAGCGUGCAGUCCUCUGCCUGUCAUCCAAACACCAGUGUGUUUAGACAAUCAGAAUCAAUUGGCUUCUGCUCCCAUUGAAGUGUUAUUAUAGGAAUUUAAUGGAAACCAUGCUUCUUCUCAAUUCUCAUGUCUAUUUAGCAACAGAGUAUUAACGACUUGGACAGAAUGGCUGGUGGAUCAUGUCGUAUCUUUGUGAAACCCCUGCAUGGACAUACUGCAUGACACUAUAAUAUAAUAGGUUGGUUUUUAGAUGUAACGGGGAGUCCUUUUCCUUUUAUACGCCAAUAAAUGUGCUCCUCAAAGCUUCCCUCUGGCA